GAUAAGAAACUGAAGCUGUCGUCUUUGGCCAAGCCUACAGUCUCAGUUAAUUUCAAAAAGGGCGACAGUAUAAAAGAAGCUCUGGUCAGAUUACAAAGGCAUUUUUUGUUGAACCGGAUUAAAAGAAAAUCGAAAAAUUUGAAUUGCAAUACGAUUUUGAUAUACCAGAAUUUAAUACAAACAUAAAAUGAGAAUCCUCCACAUUCUCUGUUUGCUGCUCGGCCUGAUUGUGAUAAGCCAGGCCAGGCGCCACAUUGGGGAUCACCAUGGUGCGAAAUCUGGACAUGGUAGCCUGCAUGGACUUCAUCGCCAUCGUGGAUCGUUUAUCCGUCAUCGCCGCCAUCAAUUCCAGGGACCCUAUGGCUAUUAUGUCAACCACUAUGAUAGGUCACAUCUGAAAAAUUCCCACCAUCGUGGCUUGCAUAGAGCUGCUGCUGCUGCUGCAGAUAAGUCACAACCACUUCUCAUGACAGAAGGGCCCAUUGAAGUGGCGAACAAAGAAGCUCUACCUAACGUUACUGAAGGUGAAGGUGUAGAAAAGUCUGGAGAACAUAAGACAGGUCGUCAUCAUUAUUGGAGUCGUCGCUUGGGGCAUUCAAGGCGUUCAAUGGCCCCGAAUCACGUAGAGGAAGAAGAGGAAAAACUGGAUGGAAGCUCCAGUAAUGAAGGUGAAGUGGAUCAGAAACAUCGCAGCGGUCAUCAUUUUCAUCGGGGUGGUCGUUAUCACCACAGAUACCAUCACCAUGAACCUGAUAUGGCAAAAGAUGCUGCUGAUGAUGAGCUGGCUAAAAAUAAAACCGAAUCCAAUGAAGGCAGCGAUAAGGAAGAUCAGGUCUCUCACAGGGGUCAUCAUUAUCGCCGUCAUGGGGGUGGUCGCCAUUAUCAUAGGCGACAACACGAUGUAUCUAAAAUGGAAAACAAUGAUGAAACAAAUGUCCACGAGAUGGCCAAUGGAUCAUAUCAGGGGUUCCACAGGAGACGUUACGGGCAUGGCCACCACUACCGUCAUGGUCAUGGCGGCAAAUCUGAAAAUCCAGCUGAGAAUCCAUUAAAUGAAAAGGAUGUGGAGGCUGAUAGUGAUGAAGAAUAUUAUGGAACACACAGAAGAUGGCGUGGUCAUCAUGGAAAUUGGCAUCAUCGUAGAACACAUGGUCAUUCCAAGCCGGAGGUAAAUGAAAGUGAGGAGAAGAAAGAUGACCCAAAGGACAGUGUAGCCACCGAAAAGCUACUGCCAGAAACCACAACCAGUGCCACAGACAAUGUUGCCGAUAACAUUGAUGUGCGUUUGGGCAAUUGAGAGGACACUCAAAAUUAUGUACGUGGGUAUUUAUUGUUCGAACAAAUGUUGUUGCAUACUUUAAGGCGCUACUGAUGAAAUUACUUGGUUUCUUUUUGAUAUCUCAUAAGCUAAAGGCAGAACCACAAUAAAUGGAAAAAAUAUAAUGUUUUGUAA